CAUUGGUCUAUUGUUGUGAUUGAAAGAUUGGGGGUGGAAGUAUCUGGGAAAAUUCUGUGGAAAACGCCGCAUGUGUUUACAACUAGUAGAUAGAAAACCGAAAAUAGGUCGACUUCUUUGCAAUACUAAACUCAGGUGAACUUCUGGAUACUCGUGUCAGUGACGAUGAAUGUUAAUUAGUCAUAUUUUUGCGCAGACGGUGAAUUGUGCUUUUUACGUUUUCAUCUCUCUUUCGUCUUCGCACCCCAUAAGAAGUCAGUCGCACAUUUCUCAGGUAGACAGCGCUGUUCUUUAGAACCUAACAGAACUAUCGAGAAUUUUCCGAUUUUCUGACGAAACAGCCAUAUAUAUAUUUGGAAAGAAUCGUCGCCUGUGGGAUCGUUAUAAAAGUUGUUCAACAGAGUAGCUUGCAGCUUGCAUACCAAAUUGUAAUUUCAGUUGGCAGCAAAAUGGUCAGUGAGAAUCCACAAAAACCUCGUGAAGACCCUAAUGUUUGCAAGGAACGAGGCAAUGAGGAGUUCAAAAAUGGGUACUGGGAUACGGCCAUAACUUGGUACAGUAAGGCGAUCGAGUUCGGUGAGAAGCACAAAGACUUGCCAGUUUAUUACAAGAAUCGUGCCGCAGCUUAUCUCAAGCUCGAAAAGUUUGAACGUGCGAUCGAAGACUGCACCAAAUCCUUGGAUGAUUGUCCAAACGAUCCGAAGGCAUUGUUCCGUAGAUCGCAGGCGUAUGAGGCUCUUCAGCGGUUCGAGGAAGCGUACAAGGAUCUUCGAACCAUCCACACUCAGGAUCCGAACAACAAGAUGAUCAAACCGCAUUUAGAAAGACUACAUGCAAUUGUGCAAGAACGGGCUCGUGAUCGGGCACAGACAUCCAACAAGGUCACGAAGAUGUUCGAGAUCGCUUUCGAUAUUGCUGCCCCUAAAGAAAAGCGUGAACAAGCCAUGAAUAAUAUUGUCGUGCUAGCUCGCGAAACGGCCGGAGCUGAAGUUAUGUUGAGGGACGGUCUGGUAACUCGAAUCGGUAAGCUGCUUAAAGUUGAGAAGAAUAAUGAAAUCAUCAUAAAUGCGGUUCGGGCAAUCGACGAAGUGUGCACGAAGAGUCCGGAUCGAACCAAAAUCGUAAUCAAAGAAUUGGGUAUUCCCUGGUUUCUGCAAAUCCUCGAUAGUAACUUGGAAGAUCGCGUAAUAGCGUCGCAACAUUGCAUGCAAACGGUUCUAAAUUCUCUCUCCGGGUUGGAGAACAAGGACGAUUCCAAACCAAACAAAGAACUAGUUGAAGACAACAAGCAACUGAUUGAUACACUUCUUAGCUGCUUGGUAUAUUCAAUUACAGAACGCAUCAUCACUGGUUUGGCACGUGAUGCCAUAAUGGAGCUUAUCAUUCGAAACGUGCAUUACCAGACUAUUGACUGGGCAGAACGUUUAGUAGAGAUGAAAGGACUCUUUCGUUUAAUGGAGGUUUGUUCAGAAUUGGAAGAAUACAAGUACGAGAGUGCUAUGAACAUUACUCCAUCUUCGCGAACUAUUGCCUCCGUUUGUUUGGCUCGGAUCUACGAGAAUAUGUACUACGAUGCAGCGAGAGAAAAAUUCAACGAGCAAAUUAGUGACUUCGUGAAGGAUAAACUACUAGAUCCAGAUCAUGAAUCGAAGGUUCGAGUUACGGUGGCCAUCACUUCGCUUUUGUUGGGUCCGUUAGAUGCUGGAAAUGCUUUAAUCUCCAGGGAUGGAAUUAUGCAAAUGAUUUUGGCUAUGGCUCAGUCGGACAUUGUGUUGGAGCAGAAGGUUGCUUGUGAAUGCAUAAUAGCCGCCGCCUCAAAGAAAGAUAAAGCCAAGGGCUUAGUCGAAACUGGAGCAGAAAUCCUCAAAAAAUUAUACACCUCCAAAAACGAAGAAAUUCGCGUCCGCGCUCUGGUAGGUCUGUGCAAGCUGGGGAGUUCCGGUGGAUUGGACGCUUCCAUUCGUCCAUUCGCGGACGGCUCGACGAAGAAACUAGCCGAGGCUUGCCGUAAAUUUCUCAUUAAGCCCGGCAAAGAUAAGGACAUUCGAAAAUUUGCCGCCGAAGGAUUGGCUUAUCUCACACUGGAUGCCGAUGUGAAAGAGAAACUGGUUGAGGAUCGUUCCGCCAUUCAGGGGCUCAUUGAACUGGCCAAAACUGGAGACCAGUCAGCAAUCUAUGGUGUAGUGACUACGUUGGUCAAUUUGGUCAACGCAUACGAAAAACAGGAAUUGCUCCCGGAACUGGUUAAACUGGCCAAAUUUGCGAAACAUCACAUUCCGGAAGAACACGAAUUGGACGAUCCAGAUUUUGUCAGCGGUCGUAUCAUUGUGCUAGCCAAUGAAGGUGUAACUUCCGGUCUGGUUGCUCUGUGCAAAACCGAAAGCGAUAACAGCAAGGAAAUGAUUGCCCGCGUCUUCAAUGCUCUCUGCAGUGAGCAAGAGGUUCGCGGCAAAGUCGUCCAGCAGGGAGGAGCGAAAGUUUUGCUUCCACUGUCUUUGAAGGGAACGGCCAAUGGUAAACGUCAUGCUGCACAAGCACUAUCCCGCAUUGGAAUCACAAUCAACCCGGAAACUGCUUUCCCCGGCCAACGAAACCUGGAAGUAAUUCGACCAUUACUUAAUCAGUUGCAUCCGGACUGUUCAUCGCUGGAGAAUUUCGAAGCGCUCAUGGCACUUUGCAAUCUCGCAUCAAUGAACGAAUCAACUCGGCAGCGUAUCAUCAAAGAGCAAGGUAUCAGCAAAAUUGAAACAUAUAUGUCUGAGGACCACAUGAUGCUGAGGCGGGCCGCGACCCAAGUUAUUUGCAACAUGGUGCAAUCUCCUGAUAUUAUUAAAAUGCACGAAAAAGAAAACGACAGAAUUAAAUUCCUGGUUUUGCUCACAAUGGAAGAGGAUGAAGAUACUGCAAUGGCCGCUGCAGGAGCGCUAGCGUAUCUUACUGCAGUCAGCGAUUCCUGCUGCGAGAAGACAUUCAGCCCUACAUGUUGGCAGGAAGCCUUCAGUACAUUAGUCGCCAACCCAAGCCCAGAAGUACAGCAUCGCGGCAUCGUCAUCAUUUAUAACAUCAUCAAAUCGAACAAAACGCUGGCAGAGAAAAUUUUCGAUACGCCCCUACUACGGAUGUUGUACGGUGUAACGCAACUAAAUGAUGAACAGCGAGCCAAAGCCAUCGAAAUGGCCCAAAAGUGCCUGAAAGUAGCAGAAGAGUAUAAACUUAUUGAGGAGAACAAGGAUGCCGACUUGGCGCCGGAUGUGUUUGAACAGCACAAGCAAGACGCGACUAUUGAAGAGAUUGACGAGUAAGGUGAUGUGACUUUAUGCAAGCAUCUACCACGUACUGAAAAUAUAUUACAAGGAAAGCAUAUUGCAUAACUCUUUGUUGUUUCAAUUUAUAUUAAAGUUUGUUGUUUUUCACACAUUUUACACCCUGUUAGCGGAGUAGAUUUGAAUGCGUGAUUGUAUUUAGUAUUCCUUAAUUUAUGCCAGACAAGCGUACUUACACCAUCACCACACGUAUGUUAUAACAAUCUUGCAAAUGCUAUAAACAUACGAAAAUCUAUAAAUAGAAGGAUUACUUUAAUUUCUUUGUCAAAUAAUGAAAACUAGGAUUAGUGAUUUCAUAAUAAAUUAAAUAUAAAGUAUAUCAAAAAUAA